CGACAAGCACUUCGCGACGACAACACACUCCCUCUUCCUCACCCACCACCGCGAAGAUGGCCGCAAAGAACCUGCCACCGGCGUUCAACGCCACCGCCCAGGACAUUGAGAUGCUCCUGUCGGCUCAGUGCCACAUUGGUAGCAAGAACCUCCAAGUGCAUAUGGAGCCUUACCUCUGGAAGACCCGCCCAGACGGAAUCAAUGUGAUCAACAUUGGCAAGACCUGGGAAAAGAUUGUCCUUGCUGCCCGUAUCAUCGUCGCCAUUGACAACCCAGCCGAUGUUGCCGUCAUCUCUGCUCGUCCAUACGGUCAGCGUGCCGUCCUCAAGUUCGCCGCCCACACUGGUGCAUCUCCAAUUGCUGGUCGAUUCACCCCAGGUAACUUCACCAACUACAUCACCCGCUCAUUCAAGGAGCCACGCUUGAUCAUCGUUACCGACCCACGCACCGACGCCCAGGCCAUCAAGGAGGCCUCAUACGUCAACAUUCCAGUCAUCGCUCUCUGCGACACUGACUCUCCAACCGAGUACGUCGAUGUUGCCAUCCCAACCAACAACAAGGGUCGUCACUCCAUCGGUCUGAUCUGGUGGAUGCUCGCUCGUGAGGUGCUCCGUCUCCGUGGCACUCUCGCCAGCCGCGAGGCUGAGUGGGACGUCAUGACUGAUUUGUACUUCUACCGCGACCCAGAGGCUGAGGAGAACAAGGACUCUGCCGGCCAGGACGAGGGCAAGGUUCCAGGUGUCGACGAGGCUGGCCCAGGUGCAGUUGAGUCUGGCUUCAACAACGAGUGGGAGGUUGGCGGUGCUACCGCUGGCAGCGCGUUCGCUGCUGCCUCCGGAACCGCUGGUGCCAAUGCUUCUUCUUCGUGGGAUGCUGAGGGUGCCGACUGGGCUGCCAGCAGCACUGCAGUCGAGACCGGCAACCAGGGAUGGGCAUCUGAGACUGCCGGCGAGGCCGCGCCAGAGACCAACUGGUAGAUACGCUAAGCUGGAGCAUUUGCGCGCAUUGUUGUUUGAAACCGUUCUGAAUCUACUGCCUCGCCCUUCACAGGCUAGGAAGGACUGGCGCUUGAUGAGGGAAAGAUACCUGCUGUCUGCUAGAUGUCACGGAAUGGAAUGAUACUCAGCUGAGACAGGAGGGGAAUGCCCUGUGCUGGUUGCUCUGUUCGGUCGAUGAGAAUCGCCGGGUCUGUAGAUUUGAGUAUGCGAGCUGUCUUACAAAAGUUGCCGGCGCGCAUUCGCCCUC